AUGAAAGGAAGUCGGCCCCAGAAGUAUAAUCAGCGGCAAACUUCUGCGCAACGUCCGAAAGUACUCAAGCGCAAACGAGAUGCGGAAGACCUCGAAACGCUCGCUCGACGUGUAGAAGACCUUGAAGCACAUCCUGCUGUUCCCCCCGCAAACUUCUCCGAAUUGCCGCUCUCCGAAGCAACACAAAGUGGCUUAACAUCGUCGCACUUCAAAACACUGACGACUAUCCAGUCCAGAGCAAUACCAUCGGCAUUGAAAGGUGGAGACAUCCUAGGUGCGGCGAAAACUGGCUCGGGCAAGACGCUUGCGUUUCUCAUUCCGGUACUUGAGAACCUGUAUCGGAAAAGAUGGACAGAGUUCGAUGGCCUUGGAGCGCUCAUUCUCUCGCCCACCCGCGAGCUUGCGAUUCAGAUCUUCGAGGUCCUGCGUAAAGUUGGUCGCAACCAUGCUUUCUCUGCCGGUCUCGUCAUUGGCGGCAAGGCGUUGCAGGAAGAGCGCGAGCGUCUUGGACGCAUGAACAUACUGGUGGCUACCCCUGGCCGUAUGCAGCAACAUUUGGACCAGACUGCGGAACUGGACGUCGGGAAUUUACAAAUGCUAGUACUUGAUGAAGCGGAUAGGAUUAUGGACAUGGGAUUCUCACACACUCUUGACGCCAUUAUAGAGCACCUUCCGAAAGAGAGGCAGACCUUACUAUUCAGUGCAACGCAGACGAAACGAGUAUCGGACCUUGCACGGUUGAGCCUCACAGAACCGGAGUUCGUCUCCGUGCAUGACACUUCGCAGUCAGCGACCCCGGCGAAGUUGCAGCAGAACUACUGUGUGACGCCCUUAUCAGAGAAGCUGGACACUCUAUGGUCGUUCUUACGCGCGAACGUCAAGAAGAAAAUCCUGGUUUUCCUUAGCUCAGGGAAACAAGUUCGCUUCGUCUAUGAAGCUUUUCGACACCUCCAGCCAGGUGUUACUAUCCUACAUCUGCACGGUAGGCAAAAGCAGGCAGCGCGUCUAGAUAUUACGAAACGCUUCGGCAAUAGUCGCUAUGCCUGUUUGUUCUCAACCGAUGUCGCAGCCCGAGGUCUUGAUUUCCCGGCGGUGGACUGGGUGGUACAGGUUGAUUGCCCCGAGGAUACCGACACAUACAUUCACCGUGUCGGUCGGACUGCACGGUUUGAGCACGAUGGCAGAGCCGUAAUGUUCCUUGAUCCCAGCGAAGAAGAAGGCAUGAUCGAUGCUCUGCAGCGAAAGAAGGUCUUGGUUGAAAAGAUCAACGUGCGCCAGAAGAAGAUGCAGAACAGUAUUAAGAAUCAGCUUCAGAACAUGUGCUUCAAAGACCCAGAGCUGAAAUACCUAGGCCAGAAGGCGUUUGUCAGCUACGCCAGAAGCAUCAUCGUCCAGAGAGAUAAGGCGAUUUUCGACGUGAAGAAGCUCGACCUUGAAGCAUAUGCCGCAAGCCUGGGUCUCCCAGGAGCACCGCGCGUGAAAUUCAUCAAGGGCGAGGACGCGAACAAGCGAAAAAACAUGCCGCGGGAAUUGCUGAGACUGGAAGACGAUGUCGAGUCGAGCGGUGGUGAAGAUGCGGCCAAGAAGCCGAAACCUGAUGUUCGCACCAAGUAUGACCGCAUGUUUGAGCGUCAAAAUCAAGACGUUCUGGCCGAUCAUUACACGAAGCUCAUUGACGAAGAACCCUCCACAAACACCCAUGCUACAGACGACGACGAGGAGGACGACGCCUUCCUCUCUGUCAAACGCCGCUUUGAUGCUGGUGAUACCGCGCUUGGCCAAGUCUCCUCGUCGGAAGAAUCGGAUUCCGCCGGGUCUGAUAAGGCGAAACCAAAAACCGUUCAACUAGGCAAUAAUCCCGACGAGGUGCUCACAAUUGACUCGCGGCGCCGCGAGAAGCUCCUCAAAUCGAAGAAGGCACUUCUUAAAUUCAAAGGCAAAGGAGAGCACCUCCACUUCUCUGACGACGAGAGCACGCCCUACAAGAAGCAGUAUUAUGAGGACGAGGCUGCAUUCCAGCAGAAGGGCGACGCUGAAGCGCAGAGACAGAGAUUCCUGGACGAGGAGAGGGCCAGAGUCGCGGAGAGAGAUCGGGUGGACAAAGAAGUGGCAAAGCAGAAGAAACGCGACAAGAAAGAGAAGCGCAAGGAGCGGGAAAGAGCAGAAAUGGACGGCGACAGCGAGGACGAUGAAGGUAGGGACGCCGUCGUGCAAUUGGCGCCAGGCGGUAUCGAGGUCAAGCCAGAUUGGAGCGAUCUGGAAGAUGAUGAUGAGCUUCCUGUGGCUGAGCAGGCACCGAGGGAGAAGCGCAAGAAGAAGUGGUUCGAGGACUCGGGCUCGGAUGACAACGAACAGCAGCCAGGAAAGAAGCGGAAGAAGGACAAGGGCAAGAAGAAGCACCGCGACGAAGAGUUGCCCGAGCCGCAGACGCUGGAAGAUCUCGAGGCCAUGGCUUCAGGACUGUUGGCAGGUCGAUAG